CAGUGUAGCGUGGCGAGUAGGCGCGGUGCGCGCGGCCGCCAGCAGCUAUAGCGUUAUUUAUUAUUUUUCCAAUGUGCUACUGACAGGUGGUCUCACAAGCAACAACGGAAGAUUCAAGACUUCCAACCCAACAAGCGCAGUUUCAUGAGAAAAUGUCAACAAAAGAUUCUGCAACUAUUCUAACGACUGUAAUCGUUUAUCUUCGUCUCUUUCUUGACAAAAUGUUAGACUUCCUGUUCUCAUUGUACUGGGACGACAAGAAACAGUUAAUCCCAGACCUGGACAAGAGGCACAGCAUCCUCGCGGAGAGUGCGGUGUCCCUCGCCAGGAGGAUCAAGGCCAAGGAGCUUAAGUCGGAGGACCUGGUGCGAGCUGUUAUUGAGAGAAUAAAAGAGGUGAAUCCUAUCAUCAACGCGAUAGUGAGGGACCGUUACGAAGCCGCGCUGGAGGACGCUAGGCAGGUUGACAACCUGGUCGCCGCCGGACUCUCUGAACAAGAUGCUAACAAACCAUUCUUGGGUGUGCCGUUUACGACAAAGGAAAGCCAAGAGAUAAAAGGGUUUUGCAACACGAUAGGGCUGUGGUCGCGUCGCAACAUCGUGUCCACCGAGGACAGCGACGCUAUUCUGUUGCUAAAGAGGGCCGGCGCCAUCCCUCUCGCCGCUACCAACCUGCCAGAGCUGCUCAUAUGGCAGGAAACCCGUAACCCGGUGUACGGCAUGACGCUCAACCCACACCACACGGGCCGCACGCCGGGGGGCUCCAGCGGCGCGGAGGCUGCGCUCUGUGCCACGUAUGCCACACCCAUCAGCCUAUGUUCGGAUAUUGGCGGCUCGACACGCAUGCCAGCCUUCUACUGCGGUAUGUUCGGACACCAUCCUACCGCCGGCAUCACUAGCAUCAAAGGUGUGUAUCUCCGCAAGGGUGACGAGGGUGACACGAUGUUCUGUCUGGGCUUCAUCUCGCGGCGCGCGGAGGACCUGGCGCCGCUCACCCGCGUCAUCGCCGGGGACAAGGCGCACCUCCUCAACCUCGACAAGGAUGUCAACAUUAAGGACAUCAAAUUCUUCUAUAUGGAGUCGGCCAACGAUCGCCUCGUCAGCCCAGUCCGGGUCGAGAUGAAGAACGCCAUGCAGAGAGUGGUGAGCAAGUUGAGCGAGGAGGCGGGCGCUCCGCAGCAGUACUCGCACGCGGGCUUCCGCCACAUGUACCGGCUGUGGAGCUACUGGAUGUCGCGCGAGCCUGACGACUACUUGGCGCUGUACGGGGACGGCCAGCGACCGAACGCCUUCCUAGAACUCGCCAAGAAGUGUGUGGGCAUGAGCCACCACUGCCUGUUCACCAUCCUGCGGCUGUUUGAACUGAAAUACUUGCCGAGUGUCGACGCCGCCUGGGCUGAAAAAAUCACCAAGGAGAUGAAGGAAGAUCUAUUCGGCAAGCUGGGUGACAACGGAGUGCUGCUGCUGCCCAGCAGUCCGCACGCGGCGCCCUUCAACUACUCGGCUGUGCUGCGACCAUUCAACUUCUCCUACUUUGCUGUCGUCAACGUGCUCAAGUGUCCGGCCACACAGGUGCCGCUGGGUACAAACAGCGUGGGUCUGCCGAUCGGCAUUCAGGUGCUGGCGGCACCGCACAACGACCGCCUGUGCCUCGCCGUCGCCAAAUACCUGGAGAAAGAAUUCGGAGGAGCUAUCAUGGCCUGUAAAGUUAAAACUUAAUGUAUUUUGUUAUUAAGUAAAUAAAUAAAUUAAGUAUUCAA